UGACCGCUCGGUGCCCUCCUUCGGCAGGACCUCUUGCAGGAUCUCGCGCCUGGAAGGCACGUCGUUCGCGACGACGCCUACGCGAAGUGGCGAAUCGAUCUGUCGAAUCUUCGUUCGUUCGUUCUCUCACGAAGAAGAAAGAGAGUCCUUUCGCGAAAGCAGCCAGGAUUCAUCGGGGAUCAUCGAUCGACUCGCGAUCGUAGGGUCCCGGCGUUUUUUUCGCAUCUUCGCUGAAGGAUUCGCACGUCGCGCCGAUUCACGUCGUUCCUGAGAAACGAAAAAGGAUCGUACGGGAGAGAGAGAGAGAGAACGACACUCGACGGAAGUGCAUCCUGCGUACAACUCGCGAGAGGUUCUCGCGCGCGGGAUUCGCGAUCGACAACGCAUUUGGCUGGUGUUGGCGAUGGCAAGGUUUCCCGCGCGGCUUUCCGCGACGUACCAAAACCGUCAGCGACCGGACGACGGGAGUCGCGAGUGAACUGCGGUGAACGCCAGUUCGAUCGAACUUCCUCAUCCGAGAACGGCAACGAGAUCGAUUCGGCUUCUCUUCAACUCGUCCGUCCUCUUCCUCCCCGCGACAAAUCCGGAGGAACACUCAUGGAGAAGACGAGCGGCUCCGGCUUCCGCACUCGAUGAUAAUCGAAGACAAGUGACGGACUCUCCGACGCGCAGAGAGGUAGUCGAUCAUCUUCUUGGACCGCUGCCAGUUUCAGCGUCCACGACGAUGCCUCUGGCCUCGGCCGGAGCUUCCCGCACCGACCGGCUGUCAUCCGCGGCACUCCAUCCUCGGGAACAUUCCCGCAUGUCGCAUUAACGCUCCGCAAACUCAGCAGGCUCGCUCGCGACAGACGAGACCGCGAGCGUGCGAAGUGAGCGAGUCGGGGAAGAUGCGCUCGACCGCGCGGAAACACCGUCAGACGACGUCCCGUCGCACCGGAUGAAAGCUUCGUCGGCAUUAUCGCCGUGCACGGCGAUCGGCCUUUGACCUUUGCGCGCGCCGAGUAGUUCGCGGACCACGGGGAAAAAGUCCCGGGCGAAAGUCUCGAGCUGAGCUAAGAAAACGGGGUCGACCUCUCUUUCUCUCGCUCUUUCUUCCUCUAUUCCUCUCUUCCGACCCGCCCAAGUCGCGCGCUCGGGGUCAUGAAGGUCCGAAGUUAUCCCGGCCGGGCGGUCUUGGAGGACCCGGAACUCCUCCUGGACCCGGAUGCGACGCGCGGCAGGGCGAUGGAGCUGCUCUACGAAGCCAGCUGGCGAGAGUGCGGUGUCAAUUGGGCCAACAACAACAGUAAGGCCAGCAACGGACUCAGAGCUGCCUCCAGGCAACAAGAGGACGAGACCUUCCGGCGGCCGUACGCCGACAUGAUGUCGCAGCUAGUGACCGAGCUGGAGGAACGUCCGACUGGACCGUCCACGACGAGGGAGAACGUGCGGUCCAGGGGAUCCAGCAGUACCGGCACCACCGACAGCGACUGCUCGGACGUGAACCAGCCGACGAGCGGCAACGCUCAGGGGGGCUUCCUCAUUCCGAGGCCGCGACUGAUCGUGCCGGUUCACACCUACGCGAGGAGAAGGCGCACCGGCGCGCCGCAGCCUAUAAAGAGACGCCAAAUACGCGAAGAGGGUAAGGUCCAGGUGUCGAGAGAUGGCAAAUACCUCAGUACCUUGGCACCGGGCAAAGUGCUGGGCGAACUCGCAAUUCUUUACAAUUGCAAGAGGACAGCAACGAUUACUGCUGCAACUGACUGCCAGCUCUGGGCCAUCGAACGGCCAUGUUUCCAAACUAUCAUGAUGAAGACUGGUCUCUCGAGGCAGGCGGAAUAUACUGACUUCUUGAAGAGCGUGCCGAUUUUCAAGAACCUGCCUGAGGAAACUCUAAUAAAAAUUUCGGACGUUUUAGAAGAGACAUUCUACAACAAUGAGGAUUACAUAGUAAGACAGGGGGCGAGGGGUGACACGUUUUUCAUCAUCAGCAGAGGGCAGGUGCGCGUGACGAUAAAGCAACCGGAUACUACGGAAGAAAAGUACAUCAGGACGCUUGGGAGAGGCGAUUUCUUCGGCGAGAAAGCCUUGCAAGGGGAUGAUCUCAGAACAGCUAACAUCAUCGCUGACGAUCCGGAAGGAGUGAGUUGUUUGGUAAUAGACCGCGAAACGUUUAAUCAAUUAAUUUCAUCCUUGGACGAAAUCCGAACGCGAUACAAGGACGAACUGGUGGAGCGUAGGAGGUUGAAUGAAGAAUUCCGGGAUCUACGGUUACAAGACCUUCGGCCACUUGCGACUCUCGGCGUGGGUGGUUUCGGAAGAGUCGAAUUAGUUCAAAUUGUCGGAGAUAACACGCGAUCCUUCGCUCUCAAGCAAAUGAAGAAGGCGCAAAUCGUCGAGACGCGACAGCAACAGCACAUCAUGUCGGAAAAGAGAAUCAUGGGUGAGGCGGACUGCGACUUCGUGGUGAAACUCUUCAAGACGUUCAAGGACAGAAAGUAUCUCUACAUGUUGAUGGAAGCCUGCUUAGGCGGCGAGUUGUGGACUGUGCUUAGGGACAAGGGACACUUCGACGACGGUACUACGCGAUUUUACACCGCCUGCGUCGUCGAAGCCUUUGAUUAUUUGCACUCCAGGAACAUUAUCUAUCGGGAUCUGAAACCGGAAAAUUUACUUUUAGAUAGUCAAGGAUAUGUGAAACUCGUGGACUUUGGUUUCGCUAAGCGACUGGAUCACGGGCGGAAGACGUGGACUUUCUGCGGCACGCCAGAAUACGUAGCGCCGGAAGUGAUUCUCAAUAAAGGACACGAUAUAAGCGCCGAUUACUGGUCCCUCGGAGUUCUAAUGUUUGAACUGCUAACAGGCACACCUCCAUUCACCGGCGCCGAUCCCAUGAAGACGUACAAUAUUAUCUUGAAAGGAAUCGAUGUCAUCGAAUUUCCCAGGUCUAUCACGCGUAACGCCAUGGCGCUAAUUAAAAAACUCUGCAGGGAUAAUCCAGCGGAACGUCUUGGUUAUCAAAGAGGCGGCAUCAGCGAGAUACAGAAGCACAAAUGGUUCGACGGUUUCAAUUGGGAAGGCUUGAGAACCAGAACCCUGGAACCACCGAUAUUACCGCGAGUCCAAGGCGCCACAGACACUGCGAACUUCGACGAGUAUCCCCCAGAUUCUGAUCCACCGCCACCAGAUGAUAUUUCCGGUUGGGAUAACGACUUUUAA